AUGGAAGAUCCAGAUCGUUUUUCACAUUGUUACAGGGAAGCGAAUAAGGUGGCUGAUGUGUUAUCCAAUGUGGGCGUAUCUCAUCCAGACCAGCAAAUCAAGAUAUACGAGACAUUAAACACGUUUCCAACAAUGGCUCGUGCAGCAAUUCGCCUUGAUAGGCUAGGAAUGCCUUCAAUUUGGAAAAUUAGUAAGCUGAAUGGACGAGUUGAAUUAAGUGCAUUUGUUCUUGAUGGCUUUAAGAAUUGGAAAAAGGUCACUAAUGGAGAUAAUUGUGCUUUCUUACGACAUGUGGGGAAAAAUCCUAACUUAUUUCACAGAAUUGCUGUAAAAGCCUGCAAUGAUUUGAUGAAUGCUUCUCAACACAUUGGAACUUUCAUUGAGAAACAAAGUUUUGAGCAAGUUGAGAUUAAUCGAUUAAGGCUUCAAGUUUCAAUUGAUGUAGUUCGAUGGCUUGUUGCAAGUGUUGUUCAAGAAAAUGCUCCAUCCAAUGCCUCCUAUACAUCUCCUGAAAUUCAAAAGGAGAUUCUUUAUAUAUUUUCCAAUAAGGUUAGAAAAGAAAUUUGCCAAGAGAUUGGAAAUUCAAAAUUUUGCAUUAUAGUUGAUGAAGCUCGUGAUGAGUCCAAAAGAGAGCAAAUGGCUCUUGUUUUGAGAUAUGUAGAUAAGGAAGGAUGCAUUCGUGAACGAUUUUUUGGUGUUAUUCAUGUCCGUGAUACUAUGGCUUUAACUUUGAAGGAAGCUAUUUUUUCUACUCUCUCUCAACAUAAUUUGGUCAUUCAUAACAUCCGUGGACAAGGGUAUGAUGGAGCUAGUAAUAUGAUAGGUGAAUGGAAUGGCUUGCAAGCUUUAAUUUACCAUGAAUGUCCAUAUGCCUAUUACAUUCAUUGUUUGGCCCAUAGGUUUCAACUUGCUUUAGUUGCAACUUCUAGAGAAGUAGCUUCUGUUCACCAAUUCUUCUCCAAUUUAGUUUUCAUUAUCAACAUUGUUACUGCAUCUAGCAAACGUAAUGAUGAAUUAAAGGAGGCUCAAGCAAUUGAAAUUGCUACUAAGAUUGCUAAUGGUGAACUUGAAACUGGAAAGGGGCUUAAUCAAAUUGGCACUUUAAAACAAACUGGAGAUACUCAUUGGGGUUCUCAUUUGGAUUCUAUUUCUAGUUUACUAAAAAUGUUCAAUGCUACUUGUGUGGUUUUAAGUAACAUUGCAGCAGAUGGAGGUUCAUACUCUCAACGUGGAGAUGCUAAUUUUGCUUUAAAUCAGUUGUUAUCCUUUGGAUUUGUUUUCACAUUGCAUCUUAUGAAAGACAUUAUGGAAAUCACUCAGCAUCUUUGUAUGGCAUUGCAACAUAUGAAUGCUCAAUAUAUUGCAAGACGUGGUAGAUCUCGUAGUCAUCAUGAUGAGAUUAGUGUGGAGCAUUAUUAUCGAGUGGAUAUAUUUCUUGCAACAAUUGAUUAUCAAUUGCAAGAGUUACAUAGCAGGUUUAAUGAUCAUACCGUGGAAUUGCUUGUUUUGAGCACUGCUUUAGAUCCUAGAAAUGGAUUUAUGCUGUUCAAGAUUGAUGAUAUUUGUAAACUUGCAAAGAAGUUCUAUCCGAAUGAUUUUAUGGAGCAAGAACUAGUACGUCUAAGAAUAAAACUUCAACAUUUUGAGUUUGACAUUCCAAAGCAUCCUGAAUAG